GGUGUAAUACAUCUUUAAAGGUCCCAGAGCCAAUGAAGUUGUAUACGGAAAUCAGCUGGUCAGUUCCCAUGGCAACCCCCUCCCCCAUCGCUCCAGUUCUCCAUAUGACGUGUUAAACUCAUGUCGAGAGUGUUUUAAAAAGCUGCAAAAAAUCGAUAAAAAAUGGCAAAAAUAUCGUUUUCGCCCAGAGCCCACUGCAAAAUUAUCCUUCACGCUGCGAAAUACCCACAUUGCGCCAUAAACGGAUUACUAUUAGCGAAAGAGAAGAAGGGGGAGGGUAAAUCCGGUGAUUUACAUGUCGAGGAUGCUAUUCCCCUCUUUCAUCAGUGUCUGCAUGUCUCGCCCAUGUCCGAAAUAGCAUUGGGACUAGUCGAUCAGUUCGCCACGCAGAAUGGAAUGGUCAUCGCUGGGUAUUACUUGGCUAAUGAGCUUCUGAACGAUCUGAGUACAGACAAACCUGCCCACAGAAUAGCUGAUAAAAUAGCUGACCACUUCGGGAAUGCAGUGAUAGCUGUGAUAGACAACCGAGAGUUCAGCCAUAAUAUGAGCACGAAUCUCCUGCGAGUCUCUCAGUUCCAGGAUGGAAAGUGGAAACUCCAGGAUAAAGCAGACAUUAUUUACGAGGGUGGGGAAGCAAUAGUAGGAGCACUGGAGUCCCUCCUGCGAGAAGAGCGAUAUCAACAGCUAAUCGACUUCGACAAUCACCUGGACAAUAUAUCUCUAGACUGGCACAACAGCGAGCUCAACAAAAUAAUUAAAAAAACAGUUUCAGUCCAAUGAUAGAUAAAUCACCACAACAGACAUUCCAAAGGAAAACUCUACGCAUUUCACCAUUGCAAUAUCUAUUCUUCAGGAUUAAUUCGGGAUAAGAAACAUUCAAAGUCAUGAAAAAAAGGAAAAACCCAUUUUUAUUCUUUCCACGCAUUUAAGAGUCCCCUCGUAUUUACGAAAAUACAUGAUUCAGCAUGAAUACAAACAGAACAAUGGAACAAUUUCACACAAUUUUCUUUUUCCUUGUUAGAACAUAAGCUUCAUUGAUAAAUACAUGGUUCCGUGGAAAAAUAUGACAUAUUGUUCGUUAACAUUUCUCAGUAUGCACCGAGACAUUGAAAAAUAUUCAUCUCUCCUUUCAAUACUUGUCAAUAAACCCUCACGACACAUUUCAUCGUGUUCCUCCAACAUUUCAGGGAAAAAUAAAUAGAUUGACUUGUUUUUACAAGCAAUUGCUCGAUGCAGGGCAUAAAAAAACCACGGCAUAUUCACUAUUAAUUUAUAACAAUUGCAAUUGUUCCUUCGAUGAAUAAAUAACACUGUUAAAAUA